AUGCUUCAACUAACUCUCUACACCAUCUUCCUUGCAAGUUCAGUGUUUGCUGGAAGUUCAGGCUGUGGAGAGAGGCCUAAGGUGGGUCCACCAAGUGGCUCUCGUGUUGUAGGCGGGCAUUUUGCCCUGAAAGGUGCCUGGCCUUGGCAGGUCAGCAUUCAGAGGAUGUCCAGCCAUAUAUGUGGUGGUUCCAUACUCAGCCACCUCUGGAUUCUCUCAGCAGCUCACUGCCUCAACAAGAGCAGAGGCUAUUCCACACUGCAGGUUGUGGCAGGGCUUCACUCUCUGUCGAGGCAUGGGAGGACUGUCCAGAUACGCUCUGUGGAAAGAGUUAUUAAACAUGAAGACUAUGACAAGACAAGUUUUGAGAAUGACAUAGCCCUGCUGCAGCUCCACUACCCACUGUUCUUCACCACUCAUGUGCAGCCUGUGUGCAUACUCAAUAAUGAAAUGGAGGAGAGGGGCCUCAGCUUCAGCUCCUGUUUCAUCAGCGGCUGGGGCAGCACUGUAUUCCAAGGGAAGUUGGUGGACACGCUGCGAGAGGCUGAGGUGGAGCUCAUUGACACUGAGACGUGUAACCAGCGAGACUGGCAUGGCGGCCAUGUCAGUGACAACAUGGUCUGUGCUGGACGGGAAAGCGGGGGUAUUGACACAUGUCAGGGGGACAGUGGAGGUCCCCUGUCAUGUUACAGUGAGGUCACGGGUAGAUUCUACAUCUAUGGCGUGACGAGUCAUGGAGAGGACUGUGGCCUGCCGAAGAAACCCGGCCUGUACACUCGCACCAGCCGCUACUCAGCAUGGCUGAGGAGGACACAGGAGAGGUCAGCUUCCUCAGGAACAGGAACAAAACCAACUAUCCUACAUGCCAUCAUCCUUUCCCUGCUCUGCCAAGUUUGGACACUCAUCUGA